AUGACGGCGUCAUUCUUGGUUCCCACGGCGAGCUCCAUUCCUGUUGAAAAAUAUUAUCAAGAUCUCCGACCGCUGCUUGGUGAUCGAUGGCUACGUUGUCUUGAUCAACGCCAACGGCACCAAGACUCUGCGUAUCAAAACGUCCAGCGUGUGUUUCUUCGCAAGUCCGAGCAGAAGGCCAUUUGCCAGCUUAAGACUGUGAACGACGAGGCGCUGUACAAUUUGCACACCUCUUCCAGGUUUAUCCCCUGCACCUCCUCUAAGCUUUUCGAAUUUAUGGAGACCAAUUCUGUUUAUGUGAUGGAAACCGCCCACGGGCUACAGCUUGCAACGCGCGAGCAGAAGCCCAUGGCAAGAAAACUGGACGUUAUCCGGUUUCGUCCCCAGCUGCAAAUGUUCAAGUACCUGUACAACGCGCCUGCGCGCAAGCCGAUCAGAAUUGGAACAAGCCAGGAGUUUGUGCCAAUCACUAACACCAGGGAAGUGGGGUUCUACCGCAGAAGCUACUGCUUGCAAAACCUGGAGCUCAGCGCCUCCGACCGCACGCUUUUGGCAGACUACCUCACCAACGACUCCCGAGUAAGCGCAGACCGCGUGCUUUCCGUUCUGCUCAAGUAUUACAACACUGUGUGUGCCCGUGUGGCCAAGACCGCGUUCACCACUGACCGCAACGGCCAUCAGAGCCCCUUUCCCCGCGAGGUCUCCUCUGAAACCCUGGGUGACUAUGCCCGCAACGUCUGUGUUUUUAUAUAUCUGGACGACGUCUACGCGCAGUUCAGUUUUGCGGGGAACUUCCCCAGACCCACCGACACCAUUUCCGUGUUUGAAGAGCCGCUGGCCGACGAGCUGUUUCUGAAAAAGGCACGUUACUUCCGCGAGAUCCUCACAGACGACCGCCACACCGCUUACUUUACCCACCUCUGCCAGCUGGCGGCCGUGGACAUCCGCAAAGUGACCUCCGAAAAGGUCGAGUUUCUCUCUGUCUUUCAAUACCGCUACGUCCUUGACGCCAUCAAGGCCUGGACAACGUAUGCCGCGCUGUAUCCGCAAGCGGCAACAACCAUUAGCGAUAUAACAGCCCUGUUUGUGGAAAAGAAGGCUCAGGUGUGGCGGUGGGUCACUACCACAUACUCUCUGCUGUGCAACGAGCUGACGCAGACAACCCAGAGGUUCGUCAAGGAGAGGGGCCCCAACGCCUGCAUAGUGGGCGGCAAGCACUUCUCGAAAGAUUACCUACUUGAGCUUUACCACGACAACCAACGGGAAUUCGACAGCGCCACCGAGUCCCUCAGACGCUACUUUGGAAACAUUCUUACCGUGGAAAUUGUGGCCGACCGGUUGGUCAACGACCGCUCUGUUAACCUUGCAGAGAACCCCCGCUCCCGGAAGUCCUCCUUCCAGAACCUCUUCGGUGCGGCGGUGCUGGCGGACGUGGCGCCGUGUGCCGAACGCACCACGAGCCCAGACGAAGACAAGGAGAUCAUCCACCUGGUCAACCUUUGCGCGCGGGCCGUCAUGUGGAUGAUAUAUGUUGGUGCCGGCGGGCCCUACCGUUUUCCGGAGAUCCAGAAGCUCAAGUACGCGAGCAAGGACAGGGACCUGUACGCGGACUCCGAGAGCCGCUGCAUCGAAAUCCACGCGGGGUACUCCAAGGCCCAGAUCUUGAGGCCCGUGACCAAGCAGCUAGACAUGAACACCUCUGACUACCUGCUCUUCUACACCAUGAUUGUUGUUCCGAUCCGCAACCACGUCGCUGGCCGGCUUUCCUCGGUGAUGUCCCGCGACCUCGCCGACGAGAUGGGAAUGCGUGUCGAGGAACACACCGCCAACGCGGCGGACGGCGAGGGCUGCAGGCUCUCCGACGCUGGUUUCACGACACAGGUCCUCAACAGCUACCUGUUUGCCGAUCUCAGCUGCGGGAAGCUGCUCAAGUACGCGAACUUUGCAAAGGGUGCGCGCAAGUUUCCCGUCUCGGUGCCCCAGGACCAGCGCCUGAGCCUCCGCGAUCUCCGCCACGGUAUCAUCUACUUCAUGCGGCGGCACACCAACGUAGGGCGAAUUGUAGCCGGCUCGGAUGCCGUCGAGCGGUUGGCCGGCCACACUGCCGCCACCGGACGUACUGUCUAUGCGGUACCCGACAGCGUAGUGAACCACGAG